AUGCUGACUAGGACUAUUUACGCUUCGGCGUUGCUUUCAGCGUUCGCCGCGGCUGCUCCGGCGCCACAGGUGGCUGGAUAUACAGAUGCAGAUUUUCCAGCAUCAGUGAGCGAGCCCACUGGCCAGCCGGCGACAGUGUUUGGUCCGGACUCUCAAGUCCCUGCGAUCCCAACCGCACCUGGGUCAGCGCCUCCGCGACGGAGCUCCGAUGUCACUGGCGCUACCAGCCAUGGCCCAUAUUCGGGAACUCCAACCACCACCGGAGCUGUGAUGGCAAACACUACCUUAGCGAAGACGAUUCCUGCUCUCCCGCCAAAUCCUACUGCGACAUAUUACAAUAAGGAUGGCGUACUUCUCCACCCUGCGCCGAUUCCAUAUACCCCGAAUGGCGGUCUUGGUACCAACGGCACCGAGCCUCGGUAUAUGGUCAAUAGCGACUUCGACUUUGAGUCGAUUGCGCUUGGCCUGUAUCAAGAGUGGAUUGAGCUUGAUCUAUUCAAUAAUGGUCUCGCCGUCUUUUCGGACGAAGAUUUCCUAGCCGAAGGCCUCACUGCCGAAGACCGCUCAUACAUUGCUUUCAUGGCGAUUCAAGAGACUGGACAUGCUACUCUUCUUAGUAACAUGCUCGGCGAGGCUGCUCCUCCUCAGUGCACAUACAAUUACCCCUUCCGCACGGUUCGAGAGUUCAUCGAUUUCAACCAGAAGCUCACCCGCUUUGGCGAGUCCGGUGUCUGGGGCUUUAUCAACCACCUUGACAGUCGUGAGGUUGGCCAGUUGCUUGCGCAGUCUAUCGCUACGGAGGCUCGUCAGCAGAUGUCAUUCCGCCAGAUGUUGGGUCUGCACCCCAUGCCGGUUUGGUUCGAAACAGGCAUUCCGCAAUCGUGGGCCUGGACCUACCUUGCUCCUUAUAUCAGCGAGUGUCCGGCCGGUACCACUCGCCUCGCAUGGCAGAACUUCCCUGCGCUCCAUUUCGUCAACCAACCGAACCCCAACCGCUUCUCGCCCAACGACACCCAGCCGAAUGAAGUCGUUGGAAACCGCACUAGUGAUCCAAGUGAUUCUACCAUUCCUGCGGACGAGUCUUGUGUCAACGUUACCGCGGUUGGUUACGGCUGCGGCCCUGCCAUCGCACACAAUCGCUCGGAGCCGUUGUCGUUCCCUGGCAAGCAGAUCAACUUGACCUGGGAAAAUCCCGGUCUUCCCGUGGGCCCGAACAACUCCUACAUCACCGCUACUGGUGCCGGCCAGCCGCAGUUCGUCGCCUGGGUCUCGCAGCUCAAUCUUACCUACACACCUCUAACCCUCACUGGCGAUAAUGAGGGCUUCACCUAUCAACCUGCCAGUGAGGUCUACCAGGGUGACCCAGCUGUCAACGGCACCAUGUUCGUUGCUUUGACCGAUUCGGAUCUUUUCCUCACGCCGUUCAAUCUUUCGAUGAUCAACCCGCACGUUGUUGCGCUUGGUCUAUACCAGGCCGGUUAAGCUGCUCCGCUUGUUUGGUCGAGAGGAGUGAUGAAAAACAGAUCGAAAGUUCG